AUGCCUUUCCCACACACCAACAAAUAUGUCUCCCCCUGCAGGCUGGAGUGGGUGGAGAUCAUCGAGCCACGUACACGGGAGCGCAUGUAUGCCAAUCUGCUGACCGGUGAGUGUGUCUGGGACCCGCCGCAGGACGUGCAAAUCAAGCGGACAGGUGACAACCAGUGGUGGGAGCUAUUCGACCCCAACACCUCCCGCUUCUAUUACUACAAUGCCUCCACACAACGCACUGUGUGGCACCGCCCGCAUGGCUGCGACAUCAUCCCCCUUGCAAAGCUGCAGACACUCAAGCAGAACACAGACACUGGCAUCCCCCAGCCUGCUGGAGGAGGAAGCGGGAGAGCAUUGGCUAAAAACAACUCGAGACCCAACAGUGGGGUCAGCCUGGAGGGGAGUACGUCCUCUUCCCUGGACCAGGAGCUGAAAGACAAGCAGGCCAGCCAGGAGGAGUCAGACAGGACUUCUUCCUUCAGAUGGAACACAGGUACGAAGGAGCGAAUGCUGAUCAAGGUGACAGACAGAGAGCCCAGCUUCCUGGCCCUCCAGGGAAACGGUUACUCGCCUUGUGAUACCUCCAUGACUGGACCUUCUUCUGGGGGGGACGCUGUCUACCAUAACAGCCGCUCCUCCACAAGCAACCCCCCCUGUGAGUCGGACAGAGCCCCUGUACUUUACACGGACCAAAGUCAAUCCCCCUUCCUUAAACGGGCUGAACUUGGUGCUAAUCGGACACACCGCAGCAUCUCAGGUGACUCCCAGCCUCCCUCACCCCGCUAUGUCUAUGAGCCCCCGCUGUAUGAGGAACCACCAUCAGAUUACCAGCCUCCACCCAUCUAUGAGGAGCCCCCCAACGACAUGCACCACUCUGACUCCUCGUCUUUCUAUAACACCGGCAAGUCCCCGGCCCACAAGUCUUCAGCUCCCCUCUACCACUCCCCUAAGCAGGGCCAGUCACCCUAUGGCCAGAUGGUUCUGACUAAGCAAAAGUGUCCAGAGAAAACCCAAAGCCUUGAGUACAGCCCGGUGGGAAAGGAAUAUGUCAAGCAACUAGUUUAUGUGGAACAGUCCUCCUCCAGUCCACGUUUCAAGACAGCUGACCGGCUGGUGCGUUAUGGCAACACAGGGGCCUAUGGAAGCUCCUACGGGGGUUCCUAUACUCUUCAGCAUAGUCAGUCGCUAAUUAGGGACCCCCGUUUAAUGCUGGACUGUGGUGGUGAGAUGGGUGAUGGGGGACAGAGGCUGCUUUACGAAGACUCCAUAUCCUGGACUUCCAGCCAGAACCGCUCUUUUCUAUCUUCCACCACAGGGGCUUUCACUGGCUUCUCUCCAGGGAGCAACCGUAAACGUACGGAGAGAAAACCCUACAUUCCCCAAGAGCUGGAGCACUAUGGUGGCUCAGGGGAGGGGCAGGAGGUGGCUGGCAUGCUGUCAGAAGCAUUGCUGACGCAGGCAAAGCUGGCAUGGGAGGCCCAGCAAGUGAUCAAACAAAGGAGCAGUUGGGACUCUGGGCAAGGAGGAGGGGGAGCGCAGGCCAGGAGCUCCAAGGAUGGAUAUGAGAGUGAUGGGGCUGUGCCACCUCCCUUACCAGGGCCCGUGGUGAGGGCUUUCAGUGAGGAUGACGCACUGGCUCAGAGCGACGGCUCCCACUGGAAGCGUAGCACAUUUGAUCGACUUGGCUUCCCUCACAUCCUGCUGGAGAAGAGCUUGUCUGUUCAGACAAAUCUAGCUUCACCAGAGCCGUAUCUUCACCCCUCACAGUCAGAGGACUUGGGAGCCUGUGCCCAGUUUGAGGCCAGUCGGAAUGCCCGGAACAUGAUGCCUAAUGCAAGCUGUGGAAUGUUCCCAGAAUUCACCCUGAGGAAGCCAUCUUCAGAGACAGACAUUGAGAACUGGGCGUCCAAGCACUUCAACAAACACACACAGGGUCUGUUUCGAAGGAAAGUGUCCAUUGCCAACAUGCUAGCCUGGAGUAGUGAGGCAAUCAAGAAGCCCAUGAUUGUGACCUCUGAUCGCAACGUGAAAAAGGAAGCGGUGGAGAUCUUUAAGCUCAUACAGACCUACAUGGGAGACCGACGCUCCAAGGCUGAUCCCCUCAACGUGGCACUUGAGGUGGUGGUGCAUGGCUGGAGUAACCACGGCUUGCGUGAUGAGCUUUACAUCCAGCUAUGUCGUCAGACAACAGAGAACUUCCGUUAUGACAGCCUAGAGCGUGGCUGGGAGUUAAUGGCCAUCUGUCUGGCCUUCUUUCCUCCAACACCUCGCUUCCACUCCUACCUGGAGGGCUACAUCUGCAGACACAUGGACCCUCUUAAUGACACCAAAGGAGUGGCCAUUAGCAGCUAUGCCAAAUACUGCUUCCGUAAACUAACAAAGGCUGCUUUGACUGGGGCUAAGAAGGGCUUGAAGAAGCCAUGCCUAGAAGAGAUCAAGCAUGCCAAGAACGCCAUCUUCAACCCUUCCAUGUUUGGCUCGUCUCUGGAGGAGGUGAUGACACUGCAGAAGGAGCGCUACCCAGAACGCCAGCUACCGUGGGUGCAGACGCGCCUCUCUGAGGAGGUGCUGGGCCUCAACGGAGACCAAACAGAGGGCAUCUUCAGGGUUCCAGGUGACAUUGAUGAAGUCAAUGCACUCAAGCUGCAAGUGGACCAGUGGAAAAUCCCUACAGGACUAGAGGACCCACAUAUUCCAGCCUCUCUGUUGAAGCUGUGGUACAGGGAGCUGGAGGAGCCGCUGAUCCCCCAUGAGUUCUAUGAGGAGUGUAUCAUCCACUACGACAGCCCAGAGGCAGCUGUCAACGUGGUGCUUGGCCUGCCGCACAUCAACAAACUAGUGCUCUGCUACCUCAUCCGCUUCUUACAGGUAUUUGCCCAGCCUGCCAACGUGGCCAUCACUAAAAUGGAUGUGAACAACCUCGCCAUGGUCAUGGCUCCCAACUGUCUGCGCUGCCAGUCUGAUGACCCCAGGGUCAUCUUCGAGAACACACGCAAGGAGAUGUCUUUUAUCCGUGUGCUCAUCCAGCGUCUGGACACCAGCUUCAUGGAUGGAUUACUAUAG